AGAGAUCCAAGCCUCGACGAGGAAGUAUGAUCAAAAGUGUAGUGGUCUUGUUAUCGAAGGCUGCGCUCCUCUUCCUGUACUAUCUGCAUCUGUAAUGAAUGUGACUGAUUAAUCUUCAUGCAUCCACCACGCACAACUACAUCGGAGUAGAAGAAGUUAGUCGUGAUCCUCUGGUAAGACAGAGCCUUCGGUAGGACAGAGAAUGACUCAAAAUGUCGGACAAAGUCGCCAAGGCUAGGUCUUCUUCGUCGAAGUCUUCUUCUUCGAGGAAUUCUUCCUCGAGCAAGAUGGCCGAUUCCCUUGUCUCGGACGCGGUCGCGUGCAUUGUCCGCGAUGACGUGGACGCGCUUCGGAAAAUGGUUGCAACCUCGAGUAUUGUUACGGCUUCCCCUAAUGGGGCUAAUCCAUUUCUAUAGACGAGAUUCCUCAAGCUCUGCUAAUCCAUCUCUAUACAUAGGUCCCUCAACAGAAAUAUGCAUGCGAAUAACAGGGAGAUAGCAAGGCAUGUGCUUGCGGGAUCCCUUCCUGUAAGCGAUCAAUCUAACAAUCCAAUCCCUGAGUAUGAUGGUGUUGAUGAACAUCAAGAUCCUGAAACCUUUGAGCAGGAAGAUCAUCAGGAUAAGGCUCAAGGAUCGCGAUAAGGCUCCAAGAUCCCAGGCAAAUGAAUCCCAUGAAACCGAUGACACCAAUAAAAUUCCCGAUGCAGCUCCCCACUGAUUUCAUGCAUAUCCGCACCAAAAACCUUGAACUAUUUGAUUUGUAUGAACCUCAAGACCUUACAGGCUUAGGGGUUUAAGCUUUUGCAUUUGUAUAACAUUCCGAUUAGGAUCGACGCGGAGCAGUAUAGAAAUUGCUGCCUUAUUGUGUUCGUAUUCUAAUAGAGUUAUAAGCCCUUUUACACUAGUAAAACUGCACUAGAUUCGAAGCGUCACCUGAUUUUUUUUUCGCUCUGAUUGUGUUCCUGCACCUGAUUAAAAAUUGCAUCAUAGAUCAUCAACCGCCCUCCUAUCGUAAUUCAAAAAUUUGCUUUCGUUGUGAUUGUGUUCCUGCACCUGAUUCAAGAAAAGCCAUCACCCAUCAUCCAUCACCUUGCAACCGUGUCCCCACUAGUAUACAACAAAGAAAAUGGCUCCAUCCGGAACCGGUGCAUCGGGCACGCCCGAGAAAAAGCGCAAGAAGAAAAGCGCAGCCGCCGCGCGUGGUGACUACGUCAAAGCACUAGAGGAACGCGACAAGAAACAGGCCGAAGAGCUUGAGAAACUGCGCGGGCAAGUGGAAAGACUUCAACGGGAAAAGGAUGAAAAGGAAGCCGAAGAAGACAAACGAAAGGCAGAAGAAGAAGCCCAGAAGAAGGCCGAACAGAAGGAAGAAGAGAGGAAAGCCGAAGAGGAAAAAGAAGAAGAGAAACCCGACAAGGAUGAAGCCGAGGAAAGCGACGGCGGCCCGACAAUCAUCGAAGAAGAGAAGAAGGAAGAAGAAGAAGGCCCGACAGGUCUACGCGGACCGAAGUACAACGGAGCGCCCGCCCCCUUUGGUGCGUGGCUCAAGGCUCUCACAGCAAGAGCAACCAACGGCCAACCCCUCAACCGGUUCACCACUGUAAUCGACAGGGCCGGCGAACUUAUCAAAUGCCCGACAACUUCCGCACGCUUCUCCCGAAUCCGUGAGGAAGUGGCCGCCCAGAAUCUUACGCCAUCGAAAAGGUUCAAGGCAAUCCUUACGGCAUAUGUAUCCCGAUACGAGUCGGAGGAAGUUUUGUGGAGUAAGCUCCGGGCUAUGAACCAGACGCAGAAACAAGGGCCCCAAGCCCAAUCCUAUUGGGAGUCUUUUUCGGACGUUGCUGAAGGUUGCGGCGUGACACUCUGCCCGAAGAGAGUCGUCGACAUCUUCAUACAGAACAGCGGGCAGAAUCUUAAACAGAUUCAAAUAAUAGAUAAUCCCGCCAACCUGAACGAGGCCCAAGCCUCAGCAGCAAAGGCGGAGAAGCUUGCAACGCAACAAGGCCCGACCACCGCGCCACAGGCACAAGACCAAGGAACCCCCCCGGCAGGGUUCUACGCGGGUGACGGAGGCCAAGGAGGACGAGGAAAAGGCCGCAAGGGAAAAGGAAAAAGCAAACACCACCGCAACAACCGCGACGACCGCAGCCGCCACCGGCGUGACAGUCGUGGAAGGGGUGGGCGCAACAACCGGGACCGAGAGCAACGCAACCGGCGAGACAGUCGCAACCGGGACACCAGAGACCGCCGCCAACGGCGCGACAGUCGUGACCGCGACCAGAACCGGAACCAGAACCCGAACAACAUCCCCCAGGGAUGGCAGAAGAAGGAAAACUUCUACCGCGGCGGGGCCUACCUCGUUGCACCGAGCCAGCAGCAGCCGCAACAACAAGGUCACCCACAAGGACAACAAGGAAACCAGAACCCGCACGGACAACAGCAACAGCAGCAGCCGCUGUUCUUCGUGGCCAUUGCGAUGGCAUACGACGCACAAGCAGAGAGGGAAGAGUCGGCGCCCUACGUUGACGCCGAGUACUUCUCUAUGGCUGCUAUGCAAGAGACCAGCAUGUGGCUGAUUGAUAGUGGUGCCGCCGAACACAUCACCAAUCUCAGCACAGACUGCUCGAAGGUUUCAAAGAAAGUCUUCAUGACUUGCCGCGGGAAACCGGUACGCGCAACCGAAGUCGGGAAGAUGACCGCUAAGAAAGGAGACAUCACGCUUCAGCUAAGUGAAGUGUACAGUGUCCCAGACUGCCCAGUAAACAUCCUAUCUGUCCGCAGAUUGGUGGAGAAGGGCGUAGUCCCUUGUUUCGCGACGGAAAAACUCCGUCUGUACCAGCAAGGACAGUGUGUGGGAGAGAUCCCCAUGCUACUCACAGGUGGCGUCUACGCUAUCUGACUGAGCGGCCAAACAGGUAAGAAGAGGAGAAGAGAACAAGACGGCGAAGAAGGAGAACCACCGCAACGAAGAAGAGGGGAGCAACAAGCGCAAGCGGCGCUUGAAGACGCACAGGAGGCGCAAGAAGAAGACGAAGAAGAAGAAGUGCGGGAGGCACAAGAGCAACCAGUGCGGGAGGCACAAGCAGAAGAAGACGAAGAGGAGCUCGUAGCGAAAGAGGAGACGCAAGUCAAGCAGUUAAGAAGAAAAGUAAGUAAAAUUGCUACACAGCUGCACUUUCCCACUUUCCAAAAAUUGUGGAUGGCAGUUCGUGCACUCGUGCCACCACGAGUGACUUCCAAAGCAAGGCGCAUUUGUGUUGAAUGGUGUUCCAACAACAUCACUCGACUACGGAACACUGCGCAACCUAGAACGAAGUAUGGUGGAUUAGAGGGCAUGUCUAUUCAGCAUUUUUUUAGUUUAGAUAGGUUCGAACUAGGUGGGUUGCAUGUCCUACAUGCAAUCAACCUACAUAGUAGACUCUCUGUAGUCUCAGCCCUGAAGAAAAGCCCGACAGGAGCUGACGCCGUAGAGUUUUUGCAGAAAUGUCGCCGAACAGGUAUACUAGCCGCCAACGUGUUAGUUGAUGGAGGAAGAGAGUUCCUUAACUCAGAUUUCCUAUCCUGGUGUUCGCUACAUGGCAUUGGUGUCUACGUGAGCCCCCGAGAGGCUCAGUGGGUCAAUGGAGUGAUCGAGAGACGUCACAGAACGAUAAAAGCAGUCAUUGCCAGACUUCGGCUGGUGUAUGGAGUAGCAGCAGCCACUCUGCUAAAACUCAUAUACCUCGCCGUAGAUGGUAUCAAUGAGCAGCCCACGUCUGCACUAAGUGGCCUAUCACCUUACCAGGCUCAACUCGUUCGCCAACCUGCUAUCUUCCAACCUCGUCACCCUGAAGACAUGGAAGAGGUCAGAUUAAACCAUCUGGAGCACGAUCCCCAGAUCGUACUUCAGGACUACAAAGAACGCUGCGAGACAGGAGCUGUCUUAGAAAAGGUGAAGACUGACAAAGUCUAUAUAGAUGAGCUUCGACGACUAUCAGAACAGGCCCGAGCCUACUAUGAUGAAAGUGAAACUCUCCGAGUAGAAGACCAAGCAGAAUUCUUUGACCGUUUGAAGAAGGCAUGGCUUGGCCCGGCGAGACUCAUCUAUAUCCAGCAGAGUGACAACUCCAGAACUUUCAUUAUCGACCACAGCGGGCACUACAAACGUGUCCACGGGUCGCAUAUCAGAAAGCAUAUCACCGUAGACGCAGUGAUAUGAUAUUCCCCAAGGAACUACAUCGCGUUCUAGUUAGAGUGCAUAGCGAUGGUAAGGAGUUUUAUAAUCUGCAGAAUGUCAGCAUGGCAGAACUUGCAGCGAAACUAAAUCUGGAGCGUGACCCUGUUCGUGCCCCGGGUGUAGUACGCAAAGAGCAAGCGGGACCCUUGUCCCAGCAACAAAGUGAAGACCUCCCCGAGGAGGAGAGUAGCGCACCAGUGACAGACAUCGCCACAGAUCUCGUCUAUGUCACCAGCGGCACUCUGCGCACGUAUAUCACAGGACAAGCGGACAAAUGCCGGAACAUCUUGAAAAACAGACCCGGGAUAGUCAUCUUUGGCAACACCCGAGUGAGCAAGAACGGCGAAGAGAAAAUCCGCAAGAAGAUGUCUGAACUCGCCCCCGAGUAUCAGCUACACACCUCGGCAGGUAAACGCGACGGAUUCGCAGGCACAGCCGCGCUCGUCCGUAAGGAUUUGAACCAUUUCAAAUUCGAACAAGCCGGACUUGAGAGCGGGAGAGUGCUAGCUCUUAAGUCGCCGCAUUAUCCUGCUACCAUAGUAGGAAUCUUUGCGCCAGCACGCGACGACCGAAAGAAAGUACGCGAGUGGGAUUCAGCGCUACGCACUUUUCUGAGAACCAUUCAAGGACCCCUGAUCUUGAUCGGUGACUUUGGAAUGUGCGCCACUAGCAACGACUUCGACCCUGAACUCGCAGGACAUCCUGGCACAACCCUCACAGACUUCAGCGCCUACGCUGAUCUAGUGACCGCGUUAGAGCUAGUUGAUGUUCUUGGUUCGUCCCCUGGCAACCAGUCUCGUGAAAUUACACAUCACCGCAAACGCACUUGCGUGGUGUGGGGUGAAACAGAAGAAAAGAAAAACGGCCAUAGCAUGAGAGUAGACCACUGCCUAGUGAGCAAAGUACUCACUCCGAUGGUGCAUAGGAUCCGGGUAGACUUCCCCACGAAAAUCCUCCCCAGAAAGGCACCCGAGCACUAUCCCUUGAUAGUCUCUCUCAAAGAAGUUAAGUCUAUGCCGGAGGGGACGCCCUCAGCCUCAAGCGAAAACAACAGCAAGAAACAAAGCCCCCAGGCUGCAAUGCCUCCGCGAGCCCCAGUGGGUACCUCAAAGGGAGCUCCAGGGCCUCCAGCAGAACUCGACCAGUCUGCACCAGGUCAACAGGCUCACACGGUCAACAGCCCUGAACCUGGAGAACCCGGCCCGGCUCAGGCACCAGCCCACGAGACACACCGAAACGAACCGAACGCCGCGAAAGGAAAAAGAGGACCACCUCUGAGAAUUUCUUUAGCGAAGAACUAUGUAGAUUCACUCUAUAGACAACUCAAAGAACAGGAGCGAGCUAAGCUCGAGGAAGUUCGGCAAGCAAUGCCGCAAAGCAGUGGACGCCUCCACUGGCGUGAAAAGAAAACAGGAAUCCAACAGAUUCAAGAACUACUGCACACCCUACCGGGCACCGAUGUCCUUAGACAGGGGCAGUUAAUCGACGCCAGUUCAAAGCUCUACAAAGAGUUAGAAGAAGGCCCAGAGUUCUUAGACGCAGAAAGCUUCCAGCAGGCUUUCCUAGCGGCGCUCUUUCACCUCGAUGAAGGAGAAGAACUAGUCGGCAUCUUCGCAGCAGGAGAAGAACUCCCCGCGGACUACAAUACUCCCGAGUGGAAAGCUGCAAUAGCGAAAGAAUUGCGGGCCCACUCGCAUGUGUUCAGAAAAGCAACAGACAGAGAAAUAGAAACCUACACGCAUCAACUAACGCCGUGUAAGCUUCUAUUAUCAACGAAAAGGUGUGGACGUAAGAAGGCGCGAAUUGUGUGUAUGGGAUUCUUAGCUCCACCCUCGGAACUAAGUACCUUUGCGAAUGUGUGUGACAUGAGUGUCAUCCGAAUGCUACUCGCCAUCACUGUGGCAAGCCAGGGAUCAGUCACAAUUUUUUCCGCUGACGCAACUUCGGCAUUCUUACAGUCGCCAUACCUUGAACACGCUCUAAUUGAAUUUGAUGACAAACUGGCCACCCAGUUAGGUUAUCUGAUUGGUAAAGUUCUGUAUGCUAUGAACGGUCUGAAAUUGUCACCAGUUGCGUGGCAGCGCCACCGAGAUGCCACCCUAGCGCAGCUUGGCUGGGCACAAUGCUCGGAAGAUGUCACAAUCUGGAUAAAGGGGACCACUCUCCUACUAAUCUUUGUUGACAACUUUUUCUACUUCGGCAAGCGAGACGAAAUUCUCCACCAUUAUGGAGAGAUGAAGGACUCGCUAAAACUUGUCGAAGAGCCUAAGCGCGAAACAGCCACAGAGAUCACCUAUGAUUUUCUUGGAGUAGCCGUGAGCAUAAACAAAGAGACCCACGCUGUGACAUUUGACCAAAGUGAAUACGUGAAGAAGCUACUGACGCGCUUUGGAGGGGAAGAAAGUAGUCGACGGGUUACUGCACCGAUUGAAACCGCGCCAAAGCUUCUCCCAGCAGAAGUUCCAGCUCUAGCAAAGCCUGAGAUGGAGCGUACAGGUUCACUACAGUACUUAGCCACAGCUACACGCCCUGACAUUGUAGUUGGCUUAAAGGUACUCAGUUCAGCAAAGGCAAGCGAAGAGGUAGUAGCAGGCCUCCGUAGGCUUAUCCGCUAUCUCAGAACAAAGAGGCUACUUGUCUACAAGAACCGCGGAGAAUUCGAAGGCAAGAUAGUUCUUACAGUUUGGACUGAUAGUGAUUGGGCAUCCUUACAAACCCUCACUGACUGGCGUAGUAAUAGCGGUGCGCUAGUCUGCAUCAACGGAAGCCCAAUUCUGUGGAAAUGCAAGGCGCAGCAUUCAGUUGCCACUUCAGUAAGUGAGGCGGAGAUCUUUGGUGCUUCCGAAGGUGCCAAGGAUGGUUUCAGAUUUCGCAACCUGUUACUUUCGCCAGAAUUCACAGCUUUCCUCACCCAGCACGGUCUAACCUUUGACCCAAUCAUGAGGAUGGCUGGUGAUAAUCAGGGCGGAAUUAAGUUUGCCACCGCAAACCAGCACGCAGCCAGACUGAAGCAUAUCUCAAUCCGUGAUGCCUUCAUCAAGGAAGUGGUAUCAAAAGGAAUCGCUAAGGCGUACUACGUUCCCACCAACUUGAACCGAUCUAAUGCCCUUAGCAAGAUCACAACAGGCGCAGAGUUCAAGCGAGGCCUUGAGCAGCUUGGCCUUGUAUCUUACCCCCAGUAAGAUCCCCCUUAAGUCUUGAGCCAAGGUGGUUACGUGGACGCGCGAAAGAUUCUCGUCUUAAGCUGAUUAGAUAUGACGGCCUAACUUCUAAUCUCAAUCUCGCCAUUACUAUCUUCUAUCUAUUCUAACACCAAGGAACAACCGAAGAAAAGCUUAGGGAGCUGCGAGAAGACAAGCCAGGCAAAGGAGAAAAACAGCACGGGGAACAGCAUGAAGAAAAACGUGAAGGAAAAGAGGAAGACAAGAAUAAAAAGAAUUAUUUAAAUGUGCCAAGGAUUCGCUUUAUGUCAUCUUGCAUUGCAUUACUGUCCUGGGACUUGGAGCCGGAGGGGAUGUAAGCGAUCAAUCUAACAAUCCAAUCCCUGAGUAUGAUGGUGUUGAUGAACAUCAAGAUCCUGAAACCUUUGAACAGGAAGAUCAUCAGGAUAAGGCUCAAGGAUCGCGAUAAGGCUCCAAGAUCCCAGGCAAAUGAAUCCCACGAAACCGAUGACACCAAUAAAAUCCCCGAUGCAGCUCCCCACUGAUUUCAUGCAUAUCCGCACCAAAAGCCUCGAACUAUUUGAUUUGUAUGAACCUCAAGACCUUACAGGCUUAGGGGUUUAAGCUUUUGCAUUUGUAUAACAUUCCG